AUGUCUUUCUUCCGGAAAAUAACUCCUCACAAACAUUCACCAAAGGGGAAUAUCUCUAACGGAAGCCCCCCUAUGUCUCAGUUACCACCCCCCCCUGCAGAUCAAAUCAAGGAUGAGCAGCAUAGUUUUAGGAAGCUCUCUGGAAAUAGUAUCAAACCUUCAGUGAAUGCAUUGAAGGAAGGCUUCAAAAGGGUAAACGAAGACGUGAAACAGUUAACCAACCAGAAGAAUGAGAACACAGAGGUUGGAUCAAACAAAAGGCCACCGUUAAACACUUCCGAUUCCAAACAACAAGAAACUGUGUUCAAUGCUGCUAUUAAUAAACCAUCGAAUGUGAGUAUUCAUUCUGAGAAGGGGGAAGUCAUUGUGGAGACCAAGACGCCGUGGAAGAAGAAGAAACUAUAUAAUUCUCCCUUUCCAAGAUUCGGCCACGCUGUAUCUUCAUAUACUGCUCCAAAUGGUUCCAUCUACCUCAUGGGAGGCCUGUCCGGGAACGCUGUGUUUGGUGACAUGUGGAUACUAGAACCUAUAAGAGAUAACCAUGAUAGUAAUUCGAAGGACUCUGAAAACUCUCCCUACAUUGCAUCACCAAUUGAAAAUCCACAGAAAGUCCCAUCUCCCAGAACAGGACAUGCUUCUAUUCUUAUUGGUAAUGCAUUUAUCAUAUUUGGUGGUGAUACUGCAAUCAAUAAUGAACCAAGCUUGGAUAAUAAGUUGUAUUUUUUCAACAUAACGUCUCUAAAAUGGACCAUAAAUGACCCUAUGGGGGAAAAACCAUGUGGUAGAUACGGUACUCAAAUUUCAGUGUUGAAUGUCGAAUCUGCGAAUCACCAAUGGUGCUCUCAAUUAUAUGUGUUUGGUGGUGAAUUAAACGAAGUUUUUUUCAAUGAUUUGUGGAGAUAUGAUCUCUCACGUUUUAGAGACCCUAAAAAUAGAUGGAUCAGAUUGGAACCUCAUGGUGAUAUACCCCCACCACUGGCCAAUCAUACUGUUACGGCAUAUGAUGGUAAGUUAUUUGUAUUUGGUGGGAAAAAUAUGAAUGCAGUAAGUGACAAACUCUACUGCUAUGAUCCAUACACCAAUAGAUGGUCUUUGUGUCGCUUGAAAGGGAUAAAUUUACCACCAGCAUUGCAUAGCCACUCGGCUACAGUAUAUGGGUCACUUUUGUUCAUUUUUGGCGGGAAGCAAAUAAAUGAUCGAAAUAGUGGUGAUUUGUAUGUAAUUGACCUCACCAAUAUGAAUAGCUGGAAAUUGUUCUCAGAUUUACUAUACUCUCCGGGAGCAAGAUAUGGCCAUUCAAUAUCUGCAAAUGUCAAGGAUGCUAAGCUCGUUAUAAUGGGCGGUGACGUUUAUGAUAACGAUUUUGAUGGGAUAGAAGAUACCUCGAUUAAUUUGAUUGACGAGUCUAAAUUUGCAUUAACUAGCUCAGUUGUUUUUGAAUGCGACAUUCAUCUAGUUCAGAGGUUUAUAGAGAAACAAGUUUUGAAUGAUACUAGACAAGAAGUAAAGAACAUAGAAUCGCCCACCGCCAAAUUCCCAACUGAGUAUAAACAGGAGGUAUUAAAACAGUCAAGGAAUAACUCCUUUAUUGAUUUAGUGGAGUCUCCAGCUGCCAACGGAAUUCCAUCGUCAACACCGAUUAACUCAGAUGAGGAAAUUGAUGAAAAUAACAGUACCAAUAAUAAAACCAUCGAGAAUUCAGUCACUACUCCGUUAAAUGUUUCUUCAGAAAAAAAUGGUGAUGACAUCACUCUGGAAACGAUUGACAGAGUCACAAUUCCAGUAGCUCAAGGUAGGACCAUAAAUCCGGCGCAUAUGCAGAGUGAUGCGUUUGCAGAUGAUGUUUCUCCCUCUAGUUCAUCCAAAGAAAAGAACCAGGCAAAGAAAAGUAACGUUUCCUUAGGGAGUAACCAAAUAAGAGAUUCACAUGACUCAUUGCCAAAGACAUUGAAAACUCCCGAUCAGCAGAUUGAUUCUUCCCCGUCUUUUUCUACGCCAUCUAUUCAACAACAUGCAGCACUGCCAUUUUCUCCAGCUGUAGUUGAAAAAGAUAAUCUAAAAAUACAGAAGUUGGUUAAAAUGGUUAAUGAUAUAAAAAGUGAAAUGAAAAGAAGUGUGAAUAAUGCGAACUCUCAGAUUGUUAAACUUGAGUCGGAGAAAGCACAGCUUCUAGAGCAGCUUAAAAAGCGGGAAAUGGGAGACUCACUUUCUAAGCCAGCAAUAUCAGAGAAUGCCGAUGUUAGCAAUAAUUUGUUGAACGGCGAUACUACACUUCAAAAAAGUCUAGAAUAUGAAAAAUUCAUAAAUGAUGAGUUGAGUACUAUUCCAUUGAUGUCCAGACUGAUUGAAGACCAAAAGAAUAAGAUAAGCAAUCUGGAGUCCAGGUUGCAUGAUGAUGAGGACUUGAAGGAGAAGGUCUUGAAACUUGAAGCAGAGAACCUAUCAUUACGUAGCAAGAUCGAAAACUUGAUGGCAAUUAAUGGUGCAAGCGAGGUGUCAAAAGUACCGCCUAUUGAAUCACUAACAGCCAAGAUCAAUGAACUAUCCAUUAAAUGGAGUAAAGUUGGGCCUCACGUCGAAUCCAAGGUAUCUGAGGAUUUGCAUAAAUACAAGGCAAUGAGCGAAUCACUAACUAAGCAAUUAGAAGAAUCCUUAGAAAAGCAAAAAGAGUUGGAACACUUAUACAAUCAAUCGAAGAAUUCUAUACAGUUAUCUCAUAAGGCCAUGCUUUUAGCACAAAGUGAAUCAUCUAAUUUGAAAAAUGAAUUGAAAAAUGUGAAAAAUGAAUUAGAAGAUCUGAAAAUGAAAAGGAGAGUCUUUUCAGCAUCAAGUGGAAGGUUACCAUCAUCAGCAUCAAGAAUCCCAAGUUCUUCUUCUGUUGUUGGGCAUUUAAGCGGCCCAAAAAAUCAAGAUGUUUCUAAUAUGCAAGACAAGCUAGACGGUUCCAUUGACAAUAGCAAGAGCGUUGACCCAGAAAGCCAAUCCCUCAAUUGUGAGGAAUCUGGUUAUGAAGGUGGUGAUGUGGAUCUCUCUCAUGAGAGAUACCAAUUCAAAAUUCGUGAUUUAGAAGCAAAUCUCUUUAUUGUGUCUCAAGAGCGUGACCAAAUAAAAAAAGAAUUAAUCUCUUUGAAAAAGGAACUCUAUAAUACUAGUCAUGAUACUUCCAUGUAUUCAUCCGUGUAG